AAGUGGAAAAGGCAACAAAACUCAAUACCAAGUGGCCAAGCGGGACCGCUGGUACGGCGGUACCACCACAAAUAUACAAUCCCUAGACCCUGCACUUCAGAUCUCAUCCCAAAACCUUCCUAAUUUUUUCACACGCUUCAAAUUCGUCAAUCUUCAACCUCUAUUAUCCAGCACGCAACAUCGUAAUCAUCUCGGUUUUUGGGAAUUUCGGGUUCGUGUGAGACAAUAGUGUAAAGGGGAAUCAUGGGUGAGAAAUUUUGGGUGAAUGAAGAAAAGGCUUUCGUAGAAUCCGUAUUAGGUAUCGAGGCUUGUGAAUUCCUGAUCGCAUCUGCUUCUAGCAACGUAUUGGCAGAUUUGGUUUCGCCGCCAAAUAAUUUGGGUUUGCAGCAGGGGCUGUGCCAGCUGGUAGAUGGUUCCAAUUGGAAUUAUGCAAUUUUCUGGUAUGCAUCCAGCUUGAAAUCUGGUGGGUCCAUCUUGAUUUGGGGUGAUGGGGUUUGCCGAAAUCCCAAGGGCGGUGGGGCGGGAGAGGGGAAUUCUAUUGGGGAUAGCAAAUUUGAGGCAGUUGAGAAAAGAGAGAAAGUGAAGAAGAUUGUGCUUCAAAAGCUGCAUGCUUGCUUUAAUGUGUUAGAUGGGGAUAAUUAUGCAGCAAAUUUGGAUAGGGUUUCGGAUUUGGAAAUGUUUUACCUCAUUUCUAUGUAUUUUACUUUCCUCUGUGAUUCAUCAUAUGCUCCUGCAGAGUCAUAUAAGUCUGGUAGAUCAAUUUGGGCUUCAGAUAUGAUUAGUUGUUUAGAGCAGUAUCAAUUGAGAUCAGUUUUAGCAAGGUCAGCUGGACUCCAAACAGUAGUGUUUUUACCUGUCAAGUCUGGAGUUGUGGAGCUUGGUUCAAUCAAGUCAAUUCCUGAAGAGCACAAUCUUGUGGAAAGGGCAAAAACUAUAUUUGGGGCAUCAAAUGCUGUUCAGGCAAGAGCAUGCCCAAAAAUUUUUGGCCAUGAACUAAGUCUUGGUGGCACAAAAUCCCGACCAAUUAGUAUUAACUUUUCUCCUAAGGUUGAAGAUGAUUUGAUUUUUGCUUCAGAAUCAUAUGCAGAAGCAAUAGGCACUAAUCCAGUUUAUGGAAGUACUUCUAAUGGCUGUGCAGGCGACCCCAAUGAAGCAAAACUUUUUCCACAGUUGAACCAAAUGAAUCUUUCAGGUUUCAAUGCUGAAACUAUGGUUACUGGUUUGGAGCAGCCUAAGGAUGACUUGUCACCUCAGCUAGAUGAGCGGAAACCAAGGAAGAGAGGGAGAAAGCCUGCCAAUGGGCGUGAAGAGCCACUGAAUCAUGUCGAAGCAGAGCGACAGAGGAGGGAGAAGCUCAAUCAGAGAUUCUAUGCAUUAAGAGCUGUUGUCCCCAAUAUCUCUAAAAUGGACAAGGCCUCUCUACUUGGUGACGCUAUUACUUAUAUCACUGAUCUCCAGAUGAAGAUUAGAGUUUUGGAAACUGAGAAGGAGGUGACUAACAAUAGGCGAAAGCAACCUUCAUUGCCAGAGAUUGAUUUCCAGGCAAGACAGGAUGAUGCUGUAGUGAGGCUGAGCUGUCCUUUGGAUGCUCACCCAGUUUCUAGCAUCCUAGAAACAUUCCAAGAACAUCAAAUUACAGCUCAAGAGUGUAAUGUGUCAACCACAACGGAGAAUGAUAAGAUUAUUCACACAUUCUCUAUCCGGACGCAAAGUGGUGUUGCUGAGCAGCUGAAGGAGAAACUGGAGACUGCCCUUUCUAAAUGAUCCCACUGUACAGUUGUGUUUGUAAUCUCAGUCCCUCCCAUGCAUGUCAUUGUCGAAAGAAAGGGGGGAGAUUAUCUUGCUUGUGACUAACAAAUGACUGUCAGCUUGUGCCAUUAAUAUUCUGUAAUCUAACUUAAUGUUGUUGUAUGAACUUCUUAUGUCAAAUUUGUAGACAUGGCAUUGGUAA